CUUAAAUGUGCUGUCAAUAUUUUGACUUAUCAGAGAGUGCUAACAUGGUGCUUUAUGCUGCUAGGGUAACCCAGUUUGUGCAGACUUUGGAAUAAGGCUCUCUUGCCAUCUUGUUCUUACUGAAAAGCAUCCCAUGAAUGCAAGGUGAUCGGUGGCAGCAAAUGAUCUUCAGUAGCCUGCUAGUCUCCCUCCUUUUACUUACACCUUCUGCGGCUAGUUCUCUACCCACAGCCAGUCAUCUUUCUAAAAUAGAAGUCUGAUUCUAUCCCUUGACUGCCUUUUAACAGCCUCUGGAGUCUUGCUGUUAAACCUAACCCCCAGACUUUUGUUGUGGUUUGCAAAGCCCCCUUGCACCUUUCUGUUCAUCGGUCCCUCUCCCUCCUGCUCCCGUGAAAGCCAAGGUGGCCUCUCGCUGUUCCUGGCAGCAGGCAUGUGCCCUCAGGACCUUUGCACUUGCCCUGCUCUCUGCUGGACUGCUUUUCCUCCGCACCUGUGCGGCCACCCUCCUUUCCUUCUUCACGUCUCCUUAUUGCUCACUUCCUCGGAGCAUCUUUUUCUAAUGUGCUCACCCUUCCUUCCAUCAGCUGCGUCUCCUGAGCUUGCCUUCAUUUCCCUCAUAACAGUUCUUUCCUAACAACGUGUGUGUAUUUGGUUUUCUUGUUGGUCUGUCUCAUCUUUCUGAGAAUGGGCCCCCUGAGGCCAGGGCCUUUACCUGUCUUAUUCACUGCUGUAUCCCCAGCAUCUAAAAGGCGCUCACUGGGUACCCAGGAAUGAAUGAACGAAUCAGGUUUUCUUGCCACUCCACAGAUGAAUCAAAAAUGUAGAAAUAAGUUGGAUGAUGGGGCUAGUGAAAAAGCUUGGGCUUGGAACUCAGUCUUGGGCAAGUGGCCUAAGGACAGACACUGGUACCUUGUUUUUCUGAAAAGCACUGAUCAUGUCGGAAUGACAGGAAGCUCUCUGUGCACACGGCCGUCUGUGGGAGCUUUGAAGACAAUAAAAUAGUAUUCGUUCCACCGGGGAGCUCCUCUGCAUCGAGCGACGGUGAAAAAUGUUUCGGAAAGGCAAAAAACGGCACAGUAGCAGCAGUUCCCAGAGCAGUGAAAUCAGUACUAAGAGCAAGUCGGUAGACUCCAGCCUUGGGGGGCUCUCACGAUCCAGCACUGUGGCCAGCCUCGAUACAGAUUCUACCAAAAGCUCAGGACAAAGCAAUAACACUUCAGAUACCUGUGCAGAAUUUCGAAUAAAAUAUGUUGGUGCCAUUGAGAAACUGAAAUUCUCUGAAGGGAAAAGUCUUGAAGGGCCCCUAGACCUGAUAAAUUAUAUAGAUGUUGCCCAGCAAGAUGGAAAGUUGCCUUUCGUUCCUCUGGAGGAAGAAUUUAUUAUGGGAGUUUCCAAGUAUGGUAUAAAAGUGUCAACAUCAGAUCAGUAUGAUGUCCUGCAUCGGCACGCUCUGUAUUUAAUCAUCCGGAUGGUGUGUUACGAUGAUGGUCUGGGGGCAGGAAGAAGCUUGCUGGCUCUGAAGACCACAGAUGCCAGCAAUGAGGAAUACAGCCUCUGGGUUUAUCAGUGCCACAGCCUGGAGCAAGCACAAGCCAUCUGCAAAGUUUUAUCCACCGCUUUUGACUCCGUAUUAACAUCUGAGAAAUCCUGAAUUCUGCAAUCAAGUGGAAGCUGACUUCGUGUGGGAGUUCGGUGGUUUUCAGCCUGCAGGGUUGAGCUAUUAUGGGAGUAGGAAGUGGUGAAAGUGAAGAAAUGCGGUGUGUAACAUACUGAUCAUUUGCUUUUCUAUUAAAAUGUGUCUUAUUACGGUGA